AUGAACAGAAAAAGCUUCACCCGAACUUGCAUAGCAAGCGUUCUUCACCUCUGCGCCGCUCGGCCUCUUCUUCUCGGCCAUGAAGUUAUCUGGCACAACAUCCACCUUGGCCUCGGCCUCCUGUUCGCCAAUCUCAAACUCCUCCUCGCGACCAAUCAUCUCAUCCGUUUGCCUCAUGAGGCUCUCGGCCGUCUCCCCCUCGGGCAGGACCUCCUCCACGGCUCCCUGAGGCGGCAGGCCCAGCUCCUCGCGCUGGCGGGCAAACAAGGCCUGGACCUUUGGCGUCUGCAUGAUGCGCCACCUGAGCCUCCAGCCCCAGGGGCCCAGGUCCUUGAGCCUCUGGGUCUUUGUGCCGAGCAGGUAGUUGUCGAGGCCGCCGACCUUGUCGAUGGUCCGCAGCACCCUGGUCGUGACGCGGGUCCUGAUCAUCUGGCCCAGCGACUCCGAGUAGAGCCGCCGCGUCUGCACGUUGGGCCGCCACUUGCGCCGCGUCUUGACGUUGUACUUUUCCGACACGUUGUUGCCGAACCGGAUCGACGCGGACCCGUACAGACCCUUGUUGGACUGCUUGUACGUCGCCCGCGGUCCAAAAGGGUACGCGGGGAUCUCGAGGUGCUGGGCCGACGGUGA